AUGGCCACAUAUCGGGAAGCCUGGGGUCUUUUCCAAGAUGAACCCAAGUUCCCUUCCAAUAACACCAGCAUGACACAGACAACCCCAGAUCCGAGCGCAUCGACGACGACAAUAUCCAAAACAGAAUUCGUCUCGGAACUGCGGCGUCUUCGACAAGAUCUACAAGAGCUACAGUCUGCCAGCAGUCAUCCCCACCAAAAUCCCCAGAUCAGCGACCGACCUGAGCCUUUGACCUCCACCGCCCAACCAGACAAUCCUCUCGAUCCAGCGUCCGACAAGUCGGAAACAUUCCGCUCGGGAGCGAAGGGGGGAAUCCGCGAAGCUGCGGUGUUCCUUUUGUGA